AUGCCGUUCUCGCGAAUAUGCCUACAGACUGCAGACUCGAUGGUGGUUGGAGCUCUGUACCGGCGAAUUUGGAGACGCUACGCUUCUGUUCGUAGAUACACCUGCCACAGCGACGUGUCUCCUCGCGGUCGUUGUGGAUCCACUGUGCAGCUCCUUGCGCAGGCGGCGGACAGCCCGACAGCGCCCCUGCUCGCCUUGGUGGAUCACAACGCCGUGGAGCCGUCUGAGGCAGCUUUGCAGGAGAAUGUGGUAGCCAUGAUUGAUCACCACGACGUCCUGCCGGAAGCCCGUCGCUCGACUGUAUCCGCCUUCGCGGUCGACAUUCCUGGCCCUGCGGUGGGUUCCUGCUGCACGCUUGUUUCUCAGCUGUGGCAGGAGCUGUCGAGAAUCACCGCGAAUCUCGUAGAGCCGCCUGUAGCGCUGAGCUGCCUCCUUCUUGGGGCAGUUGCAGUCGACACAACCGCAUGCGAUACCGCUCUCUUCGGAAUCCGCUGGAGUUCGCCGGACAAGGAAAUGCAAGCGGCUUUGUGGGGCCGGGCUGAGACCUUCCUGGGCCGCAACUUCAGUUCUCCUGAGGCGAUUGUGCGAGCGUUCGGAAGAAUAAAAUUCGACAUUCCUCGUCAGCUCUCGCUAGGCCUUCCUGCACUUAUGCGGGCAGACUACAAAUCAUUCGUUUACUCGGACGUGUGCGGCGAGGACUUGAAAGUUGGAUUCGGCGCGCUCACAGUGCCUCUGUCGGUCAUUUUACAUGUGCCUGGAUGUCGCUUGAGACAGCGCGAGGAGGCGGCGGGGUCGACCAACCUGCGCGGCGCGUUCGCCUCAGCCGCUGCGACUUUAAUUGAGGAGCAAAAUUUGGGAGUCGUUGUCGGGCUGUCCACGUACCCCCGUCCCGCAGACGACGGAGGUGGAGAUGUCCUGGAACGACAGAUGGCGUUGAUCGGCAAGAAGGCGCUCCAGUACCUUAUCGAAGGCGCGAUUGCCUAUGUCACGCGAGAAGUCCCCAGCGGAGUUAUGGUGCUGAAAACUGUCCAGGACCAGCAGCCAACUGGCUGUGCUUCUUCGGUCCUCGAGACGCUGACUGACGUCUUCUUCGUGAGUCAGAUCCCCGUGAAAUACUCCCGGAAGGUCUUGGAGCCGCGUUUCCGCCAAUACUUUGCCUCGCUGAGCCGGACGCAUGCCCCGUAG